AUGAAAGUCGCUGUCAUAGGCGGCGGGCCAGGCGGCCUUGCGACACUCAAGUUUCUGGCAACUGCGCAUGAAUACUUUCACAUUGACCAUAUCGAAGUUCGACUGUUUGAGUCUAACAAGUGCAUCGGAGGCACCUUUGUCAAGAGGGUGUACGAAGAUGCAGAGCUUGUCUCGUCCAAGUACCUGACGGCCUUCUCCGACUUUCGGCUGCCCCUCGACGCCCCCGAUUUUGUCACACCCGAGCUCUACGUCAAGUAUCUCCGCGACUACACAAAGGCAUUCAAGGUCGACGGGCUCAUCGAGUGCGACUCCACGGUCCGGCUGGUUAGGCGAGGGACCCAUGGGGUCGGACAUGUGCUUGACGUCAAGAGGGCCAGUGGCGAGGAAUUCUCGUGGGAGUGCGACGCCGUUGCCGUGUGCACCGGGAACCACGAGAACCCUCUCGUGCCCGAGAUCCCAGGCAUCGAACGGGUCCCCUCGGUCAUGCACUCGUCCAUGUUCAAGACGCGCGCGCAGUUCGGCAAGGACACGCACGUUGUCGUGUGCGGCGCCGGGGAGACGGGCAUGGACAUUGCGCACCUCGCCGUCACGGCCCCGACUGCCUCGGUGACGUUGUGCCAUCGCGACGGCUUUUUCUGUGCGCCCAAGAUCAUCUCGACGCCGCUGCGAGCGGGACAGAAGCUGCCGAGUCGGCCUAACAAACCGGUGGACACGUCUGUGGCGAGCCUGUUCGACACCGCAUACGCCCACCCGCUCCUUCAGAGGAGUCAGCUGCUCUGGUUCGCGUAUGAUCAGUGGGUGAAGAAGAUGCACUUGCUCAUCUCCGGUACGGAGGAGGGCCCUGACCAGUGGGUGGGCCAGAUCAGCAAAGAACGUCGCAAUCUCGACUCCAUCUUCCUUUGCAAGUCGGCUCGUGCCCUGCCGUACAUCUCCGAAGGCCACCGUUCGCAGACCUGGUGGAAUAAGUUGCGCGAGUCCAUCAUCAACGUUGAGCUUAAGGACACGCAGGGGCGCAUGAUUGAAGUUGCCAACUGGCCCACCGUGAUCGAUGAGGAUGGUUACAUGACAUUGUCCAUCGAAGGGUUGGGUGAAACGCAGCGGCGCUUCAAGCCAGAUGUCAUGGUCAUGGCCACUGGGUACAAGACCGAUUUCUGGUUUCUCGACAAAGGGUAUCCUGUGGUAGAAGAAGCCAAUGUGCGAUGCGUAUACAAGGAGGAUGACGUGACGGUAGGCUUCAUCGGCUUCGUCCGGCCAUCGAUCGGAGCCAUGCCUCCCCUGGCCGAGUUGCAGGCCCAGUUUUGGGUCCUCCGCCUUCUUCAGAACCGCUUCCCGGCGGAGGUGCCGCGAACGCAGAGCGCCGACUCGGUCCCAGCGUACGAGGUCAGCUACAAGCUGAACCCGCGCGCCGAUUACGACUUCUUCAAGUCGAAGAGGGGUGUCGACCACGAGGCGUACGCCUACCAGCUCGCCCUCGACAUGGGUGCCGCGCCGACCAUCUCGUACAUCAUGAGUAAGGGCUGGAAGCUGUCCUUCACUUGGGCCAUGGGGUCCAACUUCAACCCCAAGUUUCGCCUCGUCGGCCCGUGGAAGUGGGAGGCUGGCGCCGAGAAGAUUAUGCGCGGCGAACUGUACGAUGUUGUCAAGCGAUCAGGAGGCGGUGUCUAUCUCUUGACCUAUACCAUAAUCCCCUUCAUUUUCUUUGGCCUCAUUAGCAUCCUGCUGUACGUAUUCUCUGGUGUCGUGGACCUCCUUGGCGAAGCGUGCGGGGCGUACACGGGGAAGCUGGAGCAUAGUGAAAAGAAGCGGAAGGAAUGA